AUGGAGCAUAGGUCUGCUCUAAGGAAAGUGGUGAAGGACUGCUCUCAGAGAGGGCUAUAUGUGGCCUCGAAAUGGGCAUCGGAAUUGCUGCUGUCGUAUCAUACAUCGCUGCAUUCCGAUACGUCGUUAGGGCGACGGUUUUCGCUUGAUACGAGCUCUCCUGUCUCUGACGCGUAUGAGGAGCCUCCUAUAACAGAAGAAGAGGAGGAUUUGUUUAUGAUUGCGCGUGCGCAUUAUGAUGCCAAGGAGCAUGAACGCGUUGACUUCCUGUUGAGGAAUUGCAAACACCCAAGAGCGCGAUUUCUUGGUUUGUACUGCCGAUUCCUGGUCAAGGUUAAACCUGACAUACGCAAUAUCGAUGCUCACCCCCCUUCACCAGUGAAUGACGACCUAAAUGACAUCCUUGAACAACUCGAAGGCGUCAUCGAUCCAUUUUUGAUCUUCCUAAAAGGUGUUAUACUGAAGGGUCUAAUACGGAAAGCUGAAGCUCUCGAAUGCGCGGUGCUUUCGCUACGGGCAUACCCUUGGAAUUGGAGUUGUUGGACCUUACUUCGUGAAGUGGUAGAUGACUAUGAUGUGGUAGCACCAGCUUAUUUGUUUCAGAUCGACCGCUUACGCCCUUUAUUACCAAAGCACCCAAUGACGAAAUUGUUCAUUCUGAGUGUGAUGAUAGAUGGACAUGCAAUGAGCCCAGAUUUGGAGGAAGAACUCGACGAGAUGCUCCAAUUGUUUCCCGAAAGUCUGUAUUUGAAAACAUUACGUGCGCGUUAUGCUUAUAGUCUUCGAGAUUAUGAAGCGGCUGUCAAACUGUUUGGUGAAGUGCGGGAACUGGAUCCAUUCAGAACCGACGACGUUGAUACAUACUCAAAUAUUUUGUACACGAUGAAAAAGCAAGCUGAAUUGAGCCAGCUUGCUCAACACUUCAUUGGCGUCAACAAAGAUAGACCAGAGGUUAGCCUAGCAAUCGGAAACUACUACAGUUUGCGGAACGAGCAUGAGAAAGCUGUCAAAUACUACCAUCGCGCUGUCAAUCUGGAUCCGACCUAUGGUGCUGCGUGGACGCUCAUGGGUCACGAGUAUCUGGAGAUGAAAAAUUCACAUGCUGCGAUUGAAGCUUAUCGGCGGGGAGUUGACAUCAAUAAGAAGGACUAUCGGGCGUGGCAUGGCCUGGGCCAAGCAUACGAGCUAUUGGACAUGCCUCAAUACUCGUUGCAUUACUUCCAGCGGUCCACAGCAUUAAGGUGGCCCUACGACAUCAGGAUGUGGAAAGCUCUGGCGAAGACAUACCACUCCCUCGAGCGUUAUGCCGAGGCUAUCGAAUGCUAUAAGCGUGCGUUGAUUGGAGCGAAUAAGGAUGACACCAGUUCGUAUCAUGCACUGGCCCAACUUUACGAGCAAAUUGGAGAAGCAAACGAGGCCGCAGCUUACCAUAGGCGGUGCGUCGACAUCGGCCAGCGAGCCGGCAAGCCAAUACACACGUUCUCAAAGGACGCAAUUGAGCUUGCUCGGUACGAAAUGCUGAAAGGAUGGUUUGAAGGGGACAUGAUACUGGCUAAAGAAUAUCUAGAAAUGAUCGCCACCUCAAACUGCGCGGAAGUCAAAGAAGCAGAAGAUCUCCUCAGGGUUUGGAAGAAGUUUGUCGUCGAAUAG